GCCUCCUUCUCCCUGCGCCGUUGCUCGGCUCCGGCCAUGGCGGGGGAAGAGCGGCAGCGGCGGCCGGGCUAAGCGAUGCUCCCGGCGCCGAGGAGCCGCCCGGGACCUUGACGCAGGCUUGCAGAAAGCGGCGGAGGAAGAAGAGGGUGGCGAGCCGUGCCGUGCCGUGCCGUGCCAUUCCCUGGGCAGUUGAGCGCAGUGGGCUAUGGGAUGGAUGAAGCUGAGCAGGACCAGUCUGAAGCCCGCCUCAAAGAGCUCUUCGACAGCUUUGACAUCACCGGCACUGGCUCCCUGGGCCACGAGGAGCUGACCGAGCUCUGCCACGUCCUGCAACUGGAAACGGUGGCCCCGGGGGCGCUGCAGCAGACACUUCUGCAGGGCGAUCUCCUGAGCCGGGUCCACUUUGACCAGUUUAAAGAAGCCCUCAUCCUCAUCUUGUCCAGGACAUUAACGAAUGAAGAGUCCUUCCAAGAACCAGAUUCUUCCCCAGAAGCCCAGCCCAAAUACAUCAAAGGUGGGAAGCGCUAUGGGAGGCGAUCUCUGCCGGAGUUUCAGAAAUCCGUGGAGGACUUUGCGGAGGUGACGGUGAUUGAGCCUCUGAAUGAGGAAGCCCAGCCAUCUUGCAUCUCCAACAAUGACUGCGAGGAGCACUGGAGAUCCCAAGACAGCGAAGAGUAUGAGGCGGAAGGUCAGUUGAGAUUCUGGAAUCCCGACGACCUGAAUGCCUCCCCAAACAUCUCCCCCACUCAAGACUGGAUAGAGGAGAAGCUGCACGAGGUCUGCGAGAGCCUAGGCAUCUCCAGAGACGGGCAUCUCAGCAGGAAGAAGCUGGUCUCCAUUUGCAAACAGUACGGCUUGCAGAAUGUUGACAUGCAGGUGGCAGAGGACGUCUUCCGAAACCUCGAGCACGACAGCACGAUGAGCAUCGAAGACUUUUUCUACGGCUUCUUCAAAAUUGGGAAGCCUCUCCCGCCUUCAGCUUCGACUCCCUACAGACAACUCAAGCGCCAUCUCUCCAUGCAGUCCUUCGAUGAAUGCGGGAGGCGGACCACCACGCCUUCGGCCAUGACAAGCACCAUCGGCUUCCGUGUUUUCUCCAGCCUGGAUGACGGAAUGGGCUACGCGGACGUAGAGCAGAUCCUUGACGCCUGGCAUGAAGAAGGAAUCGAGAACAGCCAUGAGAUCCUGAAGGCCUUGGACUUCAACCUGGAUGGAAGAAUUAACCUGACGGAGUUGACUCUCGCCCUGGAAAAUGAACUUCUCAUAACAAAGAACGGGAUAUACCAAGCUGUGCUGGCCAGCUUCAAAACAGAGAUCCGGCAUUUAAUGGAGCAAGUGGACCAAGAAGCCCGAGAGAAGGAGAAGCUCCGUUUGGACUUGGAGAAGGCGGAGAAAUGGAAACUGUUCAUGACCUCCGAGGUGGAUGAGCGGCACUCUGCCAUCGAGCGCCAAAAUGAAUACAACCUGAGCAAGCUGGAAGAGGAGUACAAGGAGAGGGUGGCAGCGCUCAAGAGCGAGCUGCAGAGAGAGCGGGAGCAGAUCCAGCAGCAGGCCAGCAAGCAGCAAGCCGACCUGGAGGAGGAGAUGGCGAAGCUGAGGACCGAGGAGAACGACUUGCGGGACUGCCUGGCUCUGACACUGAAGGAGAACAGCCGCUUGGAGAACGAACUCCAGGAAACCGGAGAGAAGCUACUGAAAUACGAGGGCACCAUCAGCAAACUGCAGAAGAACUGGGAGAAUGUCCUAGCGGAGAAGUAUGGCGAUCUCGAUCCUGGCAGCGCAGAGUUCUUCCUCCAAGAGGAGCGGCUGAUGCAGAUGAAGAAUACGUACGAACAGCAGUGCAGGGAACUCCAAGACCAAAUCGAUGAGCUUCAGUCUCAGCUGGAAGAGUACCAGGGUCAAGGCAGAGUCGCCCGGACUCCUCUGAAAGCCUCUCUCUACGAGGAGCUGGACGAUGGCGGGACAGAGGGCACUCAAGGACCCGGUUCUGAAGACUGCAACCCACUAAAUAUGAGCAUAGAAGCCGAAAUGGCUAUCGAGCAAUUGAAAGAUCAGCAUCAACAGGACCUUUGCAGCUUGCAAGAGGAGCUUCAGAACAGGCUGUGCCAUUACCAGAAGCAGCUGGAGGAGAGCAAGACUCGCUGCGGCCAGGAGCAAGAGAUCCUCCAGCAGCAUCACGCCCAGGAAAGGCAAGCCUUGGAAGAGCAGGUUGACCGGCUGCAAGCCCAGGUGUCUGAGCUCCAGGAGGAGCUGGAGAGGCUCAGGCAAGAGUGGCAGGAGGCCGACUCACAGCAGAAGGUGGAGACCGGCAGCCUGCAGGCAUCCCUGGAGGAAAAGGCCAGCCUGGUGGACCAGUUGAAGCUCCAGCACCAGGAGGAGCUGCAGGCCAGGCUGCAGGAGGCCCGCGAGGGUUUCGGCCGCGAGCGAGAAGAGCUGGUCCAGGCCAGGGUCCGGCUGGAAGAGAAAAUGAGAGCCAUGGCGCAGACCGUCCAGGAAGAGAAAGCAGAGAUGGAGGGCGGUUUCCGCGAGCAGCUGCGGAGGCUGGAGGAGAAGCUAGUCGUGGAGAAGGAGGCACUGCAGCAAGAACUGGCGCGGAAGUAUCGGGAGGAACUCGAGGAGGAAAGGGCAAAAAUGGAAAAUGAAUUUAACGGAAGAGUUUCUCGGAUGGAGGAGCAGUUUGCCGUGGACCGACAGGCGCUUGUGAGCAAGUACGGGGAGGCCCUGAAAGGCCUUGAGGAGCGCUACCAGCAGGAGUUGCGCGAGGCCUCUGAGGAGAAAUCCCAGUGGGAGUUUGAGAAGGAUGAAAUGGCCCAAGAAGACGCCGAGACCCAGGAGAGGUGGAAGGAAAUGCUGGCGCAGGAGAAAGAGGCUUUGUCGGCCCUCACAGAAGAGAAACAGCUUCUGGAGAAGCAUUUUGAGGAGUGUGUGAGCUCUCUGGUCCUGGAGAAGGAGCAGUUGCAGAAGCAGCUGGAGGAUGUGACGAAAAGGGAGCGCGAGCUCCACCAGGGACUCCUGCAAAGGCAAGAGGUCCACCAGCAGGAGUUCCAGAAGAGAGGAGACGAAGGAGAAAUGUCCAGAGCUCAGGAAGAUCAGGAGCUGCUCCUCCAGAAGCUCAAGAGGCAGGAGGCUGAAUUCAAGGAGGAGAAAGGCAAGCUGACUUUGAGGCUCGCCACCGUAGAACGCCUGAAGCAGGAGGCGCUCAGCAGAGCGGCUGAAGAGAAGGAGGAGUUGAGGGCCAAAGUCUUGACUCUUGAAGGCAACAUUGAAGAGCUCCAGCAGGAGCUGCAAUGCCUGUCCAAACUGCAAAGAAAUUUAGCUUUUUUGAACAGAGAAGCAGACACGAAGAGGGGCGAUUUCCCAGGGCCAGCGAAGCCCCAGGAGCCAAGAGAACUGACGGACUUUCUUUCGGACCAGAGAAAGGACCAAGAACCCUCAGCCGAAGGUGGCUCAGCAACUGUCUCCACAGAGAGGAAGCUUCUGAGAAGCCCAACUCGCUCUCCUAGUUUUAUCACACUGGUUCCACAAUCGUUGGAAGACUCGCGGUUGCUGAUCGUAAGGGACCAAGACGACGCUCAAGUAAAAACGGACAGUGGCGUCAGAGAGUCAGGCAGCCUGGCGAUGGAAAUUGAAGAGACAAUACUAGAAGGACCCAUGGAGACGACGCUUGUCUUGGAAAAGGCCUACGAGGAGAUCUGGGUGGAGAAUGAUACCCUCAAGCGGCAGCAGCACCAGCUUCGAGAGCGAAUCAGCCUCCUGGAGGCCGAAUGUGACCAGGCCACUCUGGACCGGCAAGACAUGGCUUCCCAGGUGGAGAAGGAGCUGGAGGAGAUCCUCAAGACCAUCCCCCAGCCGAACGCCUUGCCCUGCAGAAGUGAGGAGCACGGGGAAAGUCUCGGCCGGGGACAAGCCAGUGUCACAAAACCGCACCCAGAUUGCAUCGGAGGCAGCAAAAGGCCCUCGGACGGAGCCCCAGAGGCUGAACUCCAAGCUGUGGAGAUGGCAGACUACAGAGGGGCAAUUGGGACUGAGAAGGCAGAGCUGGAAAACCAGGCGCCAGAGCUUUGGGGUGCAGCCGCCGAGAGAGAUGUGAGCUCCAGGGCGCAGAGCAAAGGUUUUCCCGCGCCGGAAGAACUUGAGCUGCAGAACCAGGCCUUGAAAGCCGAGGUGGGCAAGUUGCUUGAGCAGAAUGCCAGGCUGGAAGACCACUUGCCCCAGCUGCUGCGUCUGCAGAGCAGGCUGGAGGAGAGCGACCGAGAGAGUCUCACGCUGACGCAGGAGAAGGUGCGGCUGCAGGAGAGGGUGGUGGAGCUGGAAGAAGCCCACGGCCAGAUGUCCGCGGAGAACGCCGAGCUACUGAAUGCCAACCUGGUCCUGCAGAGCCGGCUGGGCAAGAUGGAAGCCUUUGUGGCCACCCUGAAGACCCCGAAAUCCGGGCGGCGCCACGGCUGGGGCGAGAACAGAGCCCGGGACGCGGAGACGGAGGCGAAGGGGCUCCUGGAGCUGAACAGGAAGCUCAAGGAAAAGGUGGCGGCCCUGCUGAAGCAGAAGGGGAGCCAUACUCAGGAGAGGGAGGAUUUGAACGCGGCUCUCUGGGGCUUGCGGAACACCUGCGGCGAGCAGCGGCAGGAGCUGGAGUUCAUGAGGGGUGAGAUGGAUCGCCUCCGAGAGGAAAAUGCUCUUUUGCGGAACAAUAUCGCCUUUAUGAAUGAGGAAGGCAGCAUUUGCGACCUGCGCUUGAGAGAGCUUAACGGGUCUCGGGAAGAACUCUGGCAGCAAAUGGAGUCUGUGCAGAAAGAAAAAGUUGCAGUGCAAAAAAUGGCCGAGAACCUGAAAAAGCAGGCCUCUGAACUGAAAGCCCGGAAUCAGCAGCUGGAGUUUGAGAACGCAGAGCUUGACCGAAAAACGUCUCCCCAGCAGGUGGAUGCUCAAGAUCUUAACCAACGGCUGCGCAAGGUCCUUCGGCAGAAAGAGGCGGAGAAGGGUGUGCCGGAGGAGAAGGAAGGCUCCUGGCUCCGGGAGGAACUGGAAAACUGGAAGAUCCAGCCCUCGAUGCUGGAGAUGGAGCUGUCUCAGCUCAGGGCUCAGGCCCUUGCUCUGGAGCAGGAGAACUACUUUCUCAAGGAAGAGCUGGAAAAGGGAAAGCAGAUUCCCAGAUGCCCGGACCUCUCUGACCUCCAGAAUGAGAUUUCCGGCGUCCUUGUGAAAAACGAGAAGCUUUUGAAAGAGAAGGAAGCCCUCAGCGAGGAGCUGAACAGAUGUGCGCAGAAGGUAGCCAAAGUGGCUUUCCUAGAAGAUCUCGUCGCUUCCCUGAAGCAGGAGAAGUCAUCUCUGGAGCACCAGAAUCAGAUUCUGAAAACUCAGAAGGCAGCGUCGCAAGACAAGAAUCGGGCCCUUGAAGCAGCCGUGCAUUCGGCGGGGCUGCAGAGCCAGCAGAAGCAGCUGUGCUGGGGGGACGAAGUGGGUCUCCUGGCCCAGCAGGACCAGCAGCUCUUGAGGCAGGACAACGAGCGUCUCCAGCAAGAGCUCCAGAGCGCCAGCUCAGAUCUCGCUCGUUCCAGAGAGAAGAUCCGUCAGCUGGAAUCCACCAUCCUGACCCACAAGCACCUAAAACACCAAAGCCAUUUGGGGAUUGUGAACGCCAUUGAGCAGGAGAAAGCGAGUCUGAAGAGGGAAUGUGAGAGGCUUCAGAAGGAGCUGGCCUCAGCCAACUGGAAGAUCAGCCAGAUGAGUUCCCUUGAGCGUGAGCUAGAAGCCGUCAAUCUGGAAAACGAAGGCCUACGGAAGAAGCAAGUCAAACGGGACGAACAGGUGAUGGAGCAGCUGCUACACUCGAGCUCCAGCGUGAUGCUUAGCCCGUCGCAGCAUCCUCGCGACCUCCAGCAGCAAGGCUGCCCUGUGGUCCCCUGGGAAGAGUACCAGCAGCUCCAGCGCCAGUUCCUGCAGGAGGAGAGGAGGUGCCAGCGCCUGCAGGAGGAGCUCGAAAACCGGCCCUUGGAGACGAACAUGCCCCAGGGUGGACAAGAGCAUCUGCUCAAAACCAUGGAAAAGCGCAUGAUGGAUGUUGAACAGCAGCUGAGGCUGGUGAAGAGGCUGCUCCAAGACAAAGUCAAUCAGCUCAAAGAACAGCUUGCCAAGAACACGAAAGCCGACGAGAUGGUGAAGGACCUCUUUGUGGAGAACGCCCAGCUCCUGAAGGCCCUGGAGAUGACCGAGCGGAGGCAGAAGACCGUGGAGAAGAAGAACUACUUGCUGGAAGAAAAGAUUGCCAACCUUGGCCGGAUUGUCAAAAACCUGACCUCGCCCACCUUGGGCUCCGCUGCUCAGUUGGGGUCUUAGCAAAGCCAUACCCGCCUGUCUCUGCACAGCUGGGGACGCACUUUACUUAAAGCUGCCUUUUUAAGAAUAGUGACAACGGCUGCCCUUUAGUUGUUCCUUCUCUGCCCCAAAGAAACCCCGGUUCUGUUCUCGGGUGCACAUUAUCCCCACAUGCCUUGUGGCGCAAUGUUGCUCUACCAGCCCUAGAAGGUGGCCAGACCGAGGCUGAUCUUCUCAUCAGGUGAUUCAGGAAAAGCCAGAGCUCUUAGAGCAUCUCGUUUCCUGAUCUGAUGGGGCAGCGGAGGUGAGAAAACACAUGGGACGCGGACAGAGCAGAGAGGACCAGCUGAGGACAAGGGAGAUUUGAACCUCAGGCUCUUGGGGAUUAAGGGGAGGUCUGGAGAUGGAUCUCUUCAGGGAAUCUCAGGGCCAGGAGCCAAACGUUGACCUCAGGGCACCCAGUUAGCCCACAAGCAUCACUGCUCAAAGGGCCACGUUGCUCAGACAGGUGAAUCAAGCUUGGAGAACGUUCAAUCAAGGGUGGGGAGCCACAGGCCUGGGAACCAAUUGCACCCCAUCCUUGCCUCUCUAGAUGCCCCUCCGGCCACAGCCCCUCCCCAGCCCUGCUCCACACACCAAUGGUCUGAUUCAGUAUAAGGCUGUGAGGUGCCUGUGUGCAUCUCAGAGCAAGAGAGAGAGAAUAUCUCUGGCUUUCAUGUGCCUGGAAUGUACCUACAGUUGUUGUUGUUUAGUCGUGUCCAACUCUUCAUGACCCCCUGGACCAGACCACACCAGGCACUCCUGUCUUCCACUGCCUCCCAUAGAUUGGUCAAACUCAUGCUGGUAGCUUCGAGAACACUGUCCAACCAUCUCUGUCGUCCCCUUCUCCUUGUGCCCUCCAUCUUUCCCAACAUCAGGGUCUUUUCCAGGGAGUCUUCUCUUCUCAUGAGGUGGCCAAAGUAUUGGAGCCUCAGCUUCAGGAUCUGUCCUUCCAGUGAGCACUCAGGGCUGAUUUCCUUCAGAAUGGAGAGGUUUGAUCUUCUUGCAGUCCAUGGGACUCUCAAGAGUCUCCUCCCGCACCAUAAUUCAAAAGCAUCCAUUCUUCGGCGAUCAGCCUUCUUUAUGGUCCAGCUCUCACUUCCAUACAUCACUACUGGGAGUACCUACUUUACAUAAGUGUAAUGGGUGCAUCCAAUGCUCUACUCGCUUUUUUGCCUCUGAGACGCCUUGCCCCCUGCCCAAAUUGCCCUGCAACCUUUGGGUUGAAAAAGGUUCCCCACCCCUGCCUUUUGGGAUUAAGGGGAGCCUACAGGUGGAUCUCUUCGCCUCAGACCACCUCCCCAACCCGAAAGUCAGUGUGGCAGAAAGAGGAGAAGCACGUCUUGGGGUUGUGGGAUGGUUGUGUGGGCGAGGGGAGAUGGUUUCCCACCACAAACAGAAGCCAAGCAGAGGUCCUAAGGCCCUCCUUUCUGCAGGUGGCACCCACAGAAUUCUGCAAACUGUUCGGGAGGGGGGAAUAACUGAUUUGCAGAUCGGAAGGGGCAUUGCUGGGUGGUCAAAGGCACUUGGUGCAUGCAGCCGGUUCCUGCCUCAACCUCCAGAAUGUCAGGGAGCCAUAGUCUGUAUAUGGCAGUAUCAUAUCAAAUGGACACUCAUGAACAGUAGUAGCUCCCGCUUCACAAAUAAAGGCUUUAUUGAGCCUGUCUGGUUUUUAAGGCAUAUCUGGCCAUUUUUAUUCAUCUGCCCCAAAGUGAAUUGUGAUCCCUGCAUUGCAGGGAAUUGGACUAAAUGAUUCUCAAGGGUCCCUUCCAACUCUUCAGUUCUGUGAAUACCAAAAUUCUCAAUAACCCGAAUUCCAUGCACAUAUUCAAAUGAACAGCUGUGAAUGCCGUCUCAGGACAGGUGCUUCAGUUAAUGUGGUCCGAGUGCUUUAAAUGUGUGGUGCGCACCUUGGAGGGCACAUUCUCAGCCUUGAUUCAGUUCCUGACAUUUUCCAUGGGUUUCUUCUGCAACAUGCCAUUGACGCAAAAAUAGUGCAUUCAUAGUGGAUUAACAUUGGACCAUCCGCCCUUCCUCCUGUGUUAUUAUUUUGCAAUGUUUCCCCAGUGUUUUAUUGCUGUCUGGGGGGGCACUCUAAAAAGUUACAGGACUGGAGAUAAAUAAGUAUGCCUACCUCCAAAAUUCUGCAGGCACAAACAAUAUCGAAAGCGGGGUUGUGUAUAACCGCCCCACUAUGGCAUCAUAAGGGCAAAUAAAAAUUAUGUUAAGUUGUGGGUGAACAUAUCAGACGACACAGCGAUUCUUCAAACAGCUCUUGUUUAUUCACAGGCCAGAACAGAACUGAACUGAAGGGUUCAGUCAGCCUGCUUAUAUAGAGCUCCAGUACAACGUAACUGUAACUAUUUUCUAAAACUAUCCAAUCACUGAACGUCACUUUCGAUCCCUUAUUUGCAUAACUAUCUACAGUUUCCCCCUGCUGGCCCAGGGUGAGAACUUCAGUACAUAACAAAUUAUGCCUGCAUUCUGGGGAGUUGCUGAGAGUCACGGUUGAUCAUUGUAGGUCAGGUUAAAGAGUCCCAUGAUGCAGUCGGGCACCAUCAGUCCUGUGGGUUUCCUGGGAAAUUUCCCAUGCAAAUUAGGGGUCCGUUGCAUCUGAAAGUUUUCUGGUGACCUAAGUGAUCUCACUCAGCCGGUUCAUUUUACACAUUUUAUUUUAUGAACAAAGCGGACAACUUCGUAAAACGCCAAGUUUGCCCGAUACUGGCGCCUGGUCGUCGUUACUGCCAAAGGUAUGGUAAUUUUCCGUAGGAAAACAGAGCUCUAAGAGAAGCUUUUCCACCCUCAGGUUGCAGAGAGUCGUUGGCCACCCUGCCGUGGACCGCAGCUUAGAGACAAUGAAACUUGAACAUGCCUUAACUUGUGCAUUUAGCUGUGGCCUCACCUCUGCCGUGUCAACGCCAAAGGGGAAUGCUCAGGGAACAGCACACAGAUCCUAUAGCCAUGUAGCUUUGCGUGUGUCCUUUCUUCUGACUUUACGUGAGCACUAAACCUUCUACUGAGUUGCUGCUAGGGAGACGCAUCGCCAGCCAGCCGGAGCAGGGAGCCCCCUGGCCCAUGUCCAAGGCUUGUUAGUCUAUUACCGCACAAGGCAGCUCCACAUAUUCCUUCUGUACCCUGGAGGAUGUGAAUGCUGAAACCCACCAGUUGCCUUAAUACAGAGACCAGGCACCAGCUGAGAUUCCUUACAUUGCAGAGGGUUGGACCAGCUGAUUCUUGGGGUCCCUCCACAAUUCUAUUAUUCCUCUUCCUGCAAUUCAGCUGGUGCAUUCCCCUAAGCUGUUUAGAGGGGCAAGUCCCACACACUCCUUGGGGAUGCCAGUUUUAGGGGAAUCAAGCCAUUCACCAUCUAUGGUUCUUUAUUCCCAUGACGUGAUUGAAACUCUAGGGGCCUGAGAAACAGCCUCGUGGUGAAAAAAUGCUCCAUAGAGGCUCAGCAAAGUCCCAACCCGAGUCUCUUUUGGAAGCACUGCAAACCUAGUUUUCGUUCACACGGACUAUCUUGGGUAGGGUUACCUCUGUGUAUUUGGGCUAUGCUGGGACUAAUUUUAAUGGUAACUCUCACGCAUGUUUGUUGCCUUGUUAUCCCAUCCUGAGCCCUUUGGGCAGGCAAUAAAUAUAAAUCAAUAAAAUAAAAUGAGGCAA